AUGGCAACGGAAAAUCACGUUAAGCAAGCUCCCUCCAAUGGCGAGCCAUUGGAGAAGGACUUCUCCAACACCUAUUACCUGGGCGACAACAUGGAUCAGGGCGAGGCGAUGAAGAGGAUUCAUACUGCAGGCAGCAUUUCGAUCUCGCCUGAGCUCUUCGAGAAAAUCUAUCUCUCCCCUAAGAAUGCGGUAAAGGGUGAUCUACGGAAGACAUUUGGUAACCCCACGCCUAUCGCUCUUGUUGGCUUCCUCCUCUGUUUAUCUCCGCUCUGCUGUGACCUAAUGGGCUGGCGAGGAGCAGGCGGUAAUGGCGCCGCUGGAAUUGCUUCAUACAUGUUCUUCGGCGGUAUCACGAUGUUUCUAGGCGGUCUUCUAGAAUUCUUCCUUGGCAACACAUUCCCCUCUGUAGUCUUUUGCUCCUUCGGCGCGUUUUGGCUCACCUUUGGCGGCACUCUACAACCAAGCUUCUACGCCUACGCGCUAUACGCUCCCGAGGGCCAGCCCGCCUCAGCAGGUAUGGCAACCGUUGGCUUCCUCUCAUCCUUCGCCUUCUUCCUGCUCUUCAUGGGUGUUCUCUGCUUGGUCUUCCUCAUCUGCUCCCUACGAACCAAUGUCGUCUUUGUGGUCAUCUUCUUCACCCUGGUCAUCGCAUUCGGCCUCCUUGCCGGCGCUUAUUGGCAAAACGCAAACUCCAUUAUGUACGAGGAUCCAAGUGCUGCCGCGCUGGCAGGACGGCUACAAGUCACCGCGGGCGCUAUUCUCUUUAUAACUGCUCUCUCAGGCUGGUGGAUCUUCUUUGCUAUCAUGCUUGCUGCUUUGGACUUCCCCUUCCAAAUCCCCGUUGGUGACCUAAGCACGGUCAUCAAGGGCUAUAGUGAGAGAAUGAAAGCUGUGGAGCACAUGGCCUAA